AGAUCCUCUGUCUGUUGCAUCUUAAUUGGCACAAUUAAAUUCUGUGGUUGUUAAUUCUACAUAUCAUGAUCAAAAUCACUACUAUAAACCAUCUGCUAAUUUUCCAUAUCUCAAGUGUGAAGGGCAAGCAAUUUAAAGUUCCUCCUGUUCAAAUCGCCCAGAACCCAGGUUGAGCAACGUUAGCAGGUUGCUAGCUAGGUUUUGUGUUCAAAUUUCGUUUUUGUUAUUUAAUUUCGUUUUCUUUUCAGCGUUUGAAGGCCUCUGUGCUGAGGCUCAGUGAUAGCAGUGGGUGUUCAUCACCGGAAGUUACGCAGCUAUGCAGAGGGUCUUGUAGUGGAACUUGGAUUUCACAGAUCACAACGAGCAGGGUGAUAGGAUUAGGAAUUUAGGAUUCCUAUAAGUUUGUGGCUGGAGGGUGGAGUGGUUUCAAGACGACAUCGUUGAUAGUCGAGGCUCAUCUGUGAAAAAUUAGAGAAACCACAUAACAGAAGAAAACUUCUCGUCUACUAUACAUCCAAGAGGCAAGUCUUAAAAUGAUGAUGAAUCCUCUUGGGAGUACCGUGGUGAUGAGUACGGGAGAAACCAGUACACCUUUCCCUGCUUCAGCUUCUGAAUGGAAAUAUGAUGUAUUUUUGAGUUUUAGAGGUGAAGACACUAGAAAGGGAUUCACAGACCACUUACACACCGCAUUGGAACGUCAAGGAAUAAAAACUUUUAGGGAUGACCCUAAACUUCAUAAAGGGGAACCUAUUUCUCCAGGACUUCUUACUGCAAUUGAACAAUCAAGAUUUGCACUCAUCGUUCUCUCAGAAAAUUAUGCAUCAUCAACGUGGUGCUUGAUUGAACUUUUACAUAUUCUUAAGUGCAUGGAAGAAAGAGCAGCAGUGCUACCAAUUUUUUAUAAUGUUGAUCCCUCUGACGUACGAAAGCAAACAGGGUGUUUUGAAGAAGCCUUCAUUAAAUAUGGAAACAACCCUGGGGUUGACAAAAGGGAGGUGGAAAGUUGGAGAUAUGCUUUAACGAAAGUGGCAAGUUUCUCUGGGUGGGAUUCAAAGGACUGGUCUGAAGCAAAGCUUGUCAAAGAUAUUGUUCAAGUGGUACGGAAAAAGUUGCCCCCAACAUUUUUAUCUCAUGUGAUGGGCGACUUUGUUGCAAUCGAGUCAAGGUCGGAACGGAUUAUUGAUUUGUGUUUGGAUGCAACGGUGAAUGAUGGUUGCUUUAUUGGGAUAUGGGGGAUGGGCGGUAUUGGUAAGACAACUAUUGCAAGAUUUGUGUACGAGAGAAUCUCUCAUGUGUUUGAAUACCAAAUAUUUCUAGCUGAUGUUAGAAGUAAUGUCGAAAAAGGUAGCAUACUUGACCUGCAAAAGCAACUUCUUUAUAAAAUCGGGAUGGGAAAAAAGGAUGACAUAUGGGAGGUUCAUGAAGGAGCAGCAAUGAUAUGCAGGUUUCUAAUUGACAAAAAGGUUCUUUUAAUUCUUGAUGAUGUGAACCAUUUGCGUCAAUUAGAAUAUUUGGCUGGAAAUCAAGAGUGGUUUAAAUCGGGGAGCAGAGUUCUCAUUACAACUAGAGAUGAGCAUUUGUUACUUAAUCACGGAGUGGAGAGACGGUUUGAGGUUAAAGGACUCAAUAACGAUGACUCUCUUCAACUUUUUAGCCGGAAUGCCUUUAAGAAAGAUUGCCCUGAACCAAGUUUUGUUCAUUUGUCAAAUCGUGUGCUAAUUUAUGCCAACGGUCUUCCACUAGCUCUUAAAGUCUUGGGAUCUUUUUUGUGCGGAAGAGGUUUAAGUGCAUGGAACAGUGCGUUGGAUAAACUAAGAGAAAUUUGUAAUCGAGAAGUUUUUGACACACUUAAAAUAAGCUACGAUGGUCUAGAUGACAAUGAGAAGAAAAUUUUUCUAGACAUUGCAUGUUUCCUUAGUGGAUGGGCGAAAGAUCAAGUAACAGAGCUUCUUGAAGCUAGUGGUUUUUAUGCACCUAUUGGAAUAGAUGUCCUUGUUGAGAAAUCUCUGUUAACUGUUAAUUCAAACGGUAAGCUAUUGAUGCAUGAUGUACUCCAAGAAAUGGGUCGAGAAAUUGUUCGCCGAGAAUCUCCUGAUGAUCCAGGCAAGCGUAGCAGGUUGUGGCGUAGUGCUGACAUCAAUCGUGUCCUGAGUGAAAAUACAGGAACAGAAACAAUUGAAUGUAUAAUCAUGCGCCGGGAUGAGCGACAACCAGUCCAAGUGCAUGCUAAUUCCUUUUCAAUGAUGAAAAAACUGAGAUUCCUCGGGCUAUAUGAGGCGAAGCUCUCUAACGGGCUUGAAUAUCUUCCCAAUGGUUUGCGGUUUCUUGAAUGGCACAACUUUCCUCUAAAAACUUUGCCGUCAGCUUUCUGUCCUGAGCAUCUUGUGGAACUUCACAUGACCUUUAGUCGCCUCGAACAUCUUUGGAAGGGGAUAAAGCAGCAUUCAUACAAUUUGAAAAUCCUUGAUCUUUCUGACUCCCCAAAUCUUGUGGAAACCCCAGACUUCAGAGGUAUGCCAAAUCUUGAGCAACUGCUUCUUUCAGGUUGCGACCAAUUGUAUGAAGUUGACCAAUCUGUGGGGACGCUUGAAAGACUUAAGGUUAUGAGGUUGCUUGGUUGCAAAAACCUUGCACGUCUUCCAAGAAGUUUUUCUGGCUUAAAGUCUCUGAAAGUUCUUGAUGUUUAUGGUUGCUCGAGGCUUCAAAAAUUGCCAGAAGACUUGGGCCAUGUUGAGAGUUUGGAAUGGCUUGAUGUGAGUCAAACUGCUAUAAUUGAACUGCCUUCUUUAUCUGGUUUGUAAUCUUUAACGCACUUGAGUCUAAGUAAAUGCAAUAUUUUGGAAGGAGGAAUUCCAAAUGAUAUCGGCUGCCCCUCCUCGUUAAGGUAUUGGAUCUAAGGGAAAAUUAUUUAUCUAGCUUACCCAUGAGUAUUUGUCAACUUUCCAAACUUGAAUACCUUGGUGUGUCUAGUUGCAAGAGUCUUCAAACAUUAAUCGGAGAGCUUCCUUCUACAAUAUCCUGUGUUGAAGCUUACAAUUGCUAGGCAUUGGAAUCAGCUUGUGUAGACGUGAUUAAACUUUUUGCUAACUGUUUCAAGCGGGUGGAGAAGCAAGUUUGCACGAGUACGAGACUUCCUGGUUUAGGAUGCAAGUUUGUAGUUCCUGGAAGUCAAAUUCCAGAGUGCUUCAAUCACAGAAGUGUGGGAUUUUCAAUCAGUGUAGAGCUACAUCCAGGGUGGUCUACUGAUCAUAAGUUAAAGGGAUUUGCGGUGUGUGGGGUAUUCGGAUUUAAGCAAAUGGAUAUAAGUGAUAUAAAACUGAGCAUCAAUGGAAAAGCAUGUUUAAUGGCCCAGGAGGGACACGAUAUUUUUUGGAGAGGCCACCUUUUUUUCUUCAUCCUUCCACGGCAUGAAUUCUUUACUGGCAAUGAGUGGCAGAAUGUCAGUGAGCUUGGAUUUUCAUUUGAGCGGUUCGUACGAAUAGAGGAUGCGAAGAAGUGUGGGGUGUGUUUAGUAUACGAGGAAGAUGUAGAGGCGGUUAUGUGAGUACCCAAUCAUCAGGGUGUGUUUAGUAUACUUGAUUGCGGUGACAGGCAGAGGUGUGUUAGAAUUUUUGAAGGGGACUUGGAAUUCCUUGAUAGCCAUUUGCAACAGCUCCAUAAUUUGUAAAAUUGCAUACAAGGUAUCCUGAAUACACAAGGUACAAAUGGUACUGUUUUUAAAAAAAAAUUAUUACUUCUUAUAGGUUCCAGAGUUUGGGGAUUUUGGCAGCAUAUCAAGAUCAAGGUUAGGCUGCACAUCCCUCUUGACAGUUUGUAUUUUCCUUCUUUUUGAAAUAAAGAUACCUCGUUGUCAUUUUUUAUGACAAUGCUGUA